UCCCUUGACAAAUCUGUCAAAGAUUCUUCGCUCAUCGUCGUCCGCGGCUUUUGAGUUUUACAAGUUUAGGGUAUAAGCGCGAAAUCUCUAAGCAUCGAUCUUUAAAUAAAACAGAAAAUUGUUUUAAAAUAAAAGUUUAAGUGAAAAACAGAACGAUGGCUCCAAAAGCGCAAACCAAUUUCGCUAAACCGAAGAGUUCGGCAUACAAGGAUAAAACAAAGCCGGCCGAUGUCCGUCUGAGCAAUAUACAAGCCGCAAAAGCCGUCUCUGAUGCAAUUCGUACAAGCUUGGGACCUCGCGGAAUGGACAAGAUGAUCCAAGCCGGCAACGGAGAAGUCACAAUCACCAACGAUGGAGCUACAAUCCUAAAGCAGAUGAAUGUCAUCCAUCCAGCGGCUAAAAUGCUUGUGGAACUUUCUCGAGCACAAGAUGUCGAAGCCGGAGACGGAACAACUUCAGUCGUUGUCAUUGCAGGUGCCCUCCUGGAAGCUGCAGAGCGCCUACUACAAAAAGGAAUUCACCCAACUGCGAUCUCAGAUUCUUUCCAAAGAUGCGCACGCAAAGCAGUAGAAAUUCUUGCAGAAAUGUCGCGUCCAAUUGAAUUAAAGGAUGAAGACGAACUGAUCAAGAGUGCUUCAACCUCGCUGAACUCAAAGGUGGUGUCACAACAAAGCAGUUUGCUUGCCCCAAUUGCUGUGAAUGCAGUAUUGAAAGUUUCCGAGCCUGGAAAUGAGGCAAGCGUAGACUUGAAGGACAUCAAAGUAAUUAAAAGCUUGGGUGGAACUGUCGAAGAUACCGAGUUGGUUGAGGGAUUGGUUUUCACUCAACGAUCCUCUGGUACUAAUGCUCCAAAACGUGUAGAGAAAGCCAAGAUCGGGCUUAUCCAAUUCUGCAUUUCUCCACCAAAGACAGACAUGGACCACAGUGUCAUUGUGAGCGACUAUGCUGCCAUGGAUCGUGUGCUCAAAGAGGAACGUGCCUAUAUUCUAAAUAUUGUAAAACAAAUCAAGAAGGCAGGAUGUAAUGUUCUACUUGUCCAGAAAUCAAUUCUCCGUGAUGCAGUUUCUGAUCUCGCCCAACAUUUCCUCGACAAAAUCAAAGUAUUGGUAGUAAAGGACAUCGAUAGAGAAGAUAUCGAAUUUGUCUGCAAAAGUUUAGGAUGUCGUCCAAUCGCCUCAUUGGAUCACUUCGUAGCUGAGAAUCUUGUGAAUGCCGAUCUGGUCGCUGAAGUUUCAAGUGGAUCGAACAAAUUCGUCAAAAUUACUGGCAUCCAAAAUCGCGGUCGUACCGUUUCCAUUAUAGUUCGUGGAUCGAAUAAGUUGGUAUUGGACGAAGCGGCACGUUCUUUGCACGAUGCACUCUGUGUGAUACGUUGUUUGGUUAAGAAACGCGCUUUGAUUGCUGGUGGUGGAGCUCCAGAAAUUGAAAUGGCUCUACAAUUGGCCGCAUACGCGCAAACCGUGGAAGGUGCUGAUGCUUAUUGUUUCCGCGCAUUCGCAGAGGCGUUGGAAGUCAUUCCGUCUACCUUGGCAGAAAAUGCUGGUUUGAAUCCAAUCGCCACUGUUACGGAAUUGAGAAACAGGCACGCACAGGGUGAGAAGAAUGCUGGAAUCAAUGUAAGGAAGGGAGCCAUCACAGACAUUCUGGCUGAGAAUGUAGUUCAACCACUUUUAGUUAGUACGUCAGCAAUAACACUUGCAUCGGAAUUGGUCCGGUCAAUUCUUAAGAUUGACGAUAUUGUUAACACUAUUUCAUAAAUCUCUACAUUACAAGCGACAUUACUGCAUCGGCUUGAUUUCUUCUGUCAAGUUCCAGCACGCAACUUCCUAAUUUAAUACUUUAUUUUAAUUUUGUCAUUAACAUAAUAAAAACUCGCUACCACUCUAGACGAUAAUCGCA